UGACUGGAAGGAAGACGAAUUUUAUCAUUUCGAUUUUAAUUUAUUUUACUCACAAUUUUCACUAUAUCCCUGAAAGUACUCUUACUUCAAAACACUAGUCUUAAACUACAACGACCAUGGCACGCCGAUAUAGAGACGCCGCUGCAAAAAUGCAGCAAAAUGUUCAAAAACAUCUAAAGGAAAUGAAGGAACUGUCGUCGUCUGAAGAUGAGGAGCCUUGCGAGUCCACCGUCCUGGAAGGUGUGUUCCAGAGCUACUGGCGAGGCGGAGGAGACACUCAAAUGCUUAACAGGACUAAAAACCUGUUAGAAGAAGCAAUCAGCGGCCGUUCCGUUACGUGUCUCAUAUGCAUAGGAUCGAUAAAGAAAAGUCACGCUAUUUGGACUUGUGACCACUGCUUUUCUUACUUCCAUCUAUCUUGUAUACAAAAAUGGUCCAACGAUAGCAUUAGUUUACGUAGCGAAGAAAGUACCGGCCCAAUAGCUGUAAUAAAACAACAGAAAAUCGAAUGGUGCUGCCCAAAGUGCCGGCAUUCGUAUUCCAAGGAAGAAAUACCUCGCAAAUAUCGCUGUUUUUGUGGUAAAACAGACAACCCACCCCCUCAUCCUUGGCUAAUCCCACAUACAUGUGGAGAAGUUUGCGAGAAGAGAUUGUCAACUGGUGACAAUUGUAAACAUAAGUGCUUGCUGCUAUGUCACCCUGGUCCUUGCCCCCCGUGUCCACAAACUGUCAAUGGAAUAUGUUACUGUGAAAAGGAGAGAAAGAGAGUGAGAUGCAGCGCAGCCAAGUGGUCUUGUGGCCAGCUUUGUAAGAGAACUCUAUUAUGUAAAACUCAUAAGUGUGAAAAUGUAUGUCAUGCUGGAGAUUGCCCUGAUUGUACUUACACUAGCAUUCAGCCAUGUCAAUGUGGUAGUGAGAAGUCAAAGAGACCAUGCAAUGAUCCAUUCUGGCAGUGCAAGAAGCCUUGUAAUAAGUCUUUUUCAUGUGGUUAUCAUAAAUGUGAGAGAAUCUGCCAUGCUGGGGAAUGUGGUGACUGUCCCAACUCGGGUAUGACAUCAUGUCCUUGCGGUGCCAACCAGCGCUUCCUUAAAUGUCCUGAUGUCAUGGAAACCUGCUUAGGUACUUGUGGUAAGAAGCAUGUAGAUUGUGAACACACUUGCCCUGAGAAAUGUCAUAAUGGAAAUUGCCCACCUUGUCAAGUUUUGGUCGCCAAAAAAUGUCAUUGCUCCACACAUACAAGGCCACUGCCUUGUAGCAAAGACUAUAAAUGUGAGUCUAAAUGUAGAGGGACAAGGUCAUGUGGCAAGCAUGGCUGUGGAAGGAAGUGCUGCAAUGGAAACUGUCCUCCAUGUGAGAAACCAUGCGACAAGGGACUACAAUGUGGCAGACAUAAAUGCACCAACAUUUGUCACCGAGGACCAUGCUAUCCAUGCCCUUUAGAAUCUAAAGUAACAUGCAGAUGUAAGGAAACUUUUGUACGUGUUCCAUGUGGGCGAGAACGCCAGACAAAACCACCCAAGUGUAACUUGCCUUGUAAAAUUAAAUACAAAUGUGGUCAUACUGAGGAAAAUAAACAUACAUGUCAUUUUGGUGACUGUCCCCCAUGCAAAGCUAUUUGUGACAAGCAGUAUCCUAAGUGUGGACAUAACUGUAAAGCUGUAUGUCAUGAAUAUGUUGCCGUGGUGUUCAAGCAGGUUGAGAAACCUGCCACUCCAUGGGAGGUGCAGCCACCUAAAACCAAAAUUAUGACCUUGGAGUGUCCUCCAUGUGAAACGCCAGUUUCAAUAGUUUGUUUUGGGGAGCAUGAGACAGAUGAUCAGCCCUGUCACACAGCUACUCGUAGACCUUGUGGAAGAGAUUGUGGGAAACCACUGGCUUGUGGAAACCACAACUGCACUAUGAUGUGUCAUCUGUAUAGUCCCCUGCCUGAGUAUCCAAAUGUGCCUUCUAGUUGCAAGCAAUGCAACAGAGAAUGUUCAGUUCCUCGUCCAGUGAAAUGUGCUCAUAAGUGUCCUAUUCGUGCCUGUCACCCAGGUCCAUGCCGUCCAUGUGAGAUACUAGAAAGAUUGGCUUGUCAUUGUGGCCUAACAGAGAUCUACUUACGUUGCCGGGAGCUAUCAACUGCUACAGAAGAAAUGCUGUCAUGCAAGCAGCAAUGUCCGAAGAACUUGGAAUGUGGCCAUCGCUGCCGUAACACAUGUCAUUCGGGAACUUGUGGCAAUCAAGUAUGCACAAAGAAGACUAAAGUGUACUGUCCAUGUGGUAAUAUUAAGAAGGAAGCUCCAUGCAACUCUGUCAGAAGUGGAGAAACAAAGAUAUUGUGUGAUGUAACCUGUGAGGCUAAGAAAGCAGCAGCCAAAUUGGAACAGGAAAAAGAAAAACAGAGGUUGAGGGAGUUAGAAGAAGAGAAGAAUAGAAAAGAACUAGCAGAGUAUGAGUGGAAGUUGAGCGGUAAAAAGAAGAAGUAUAAGGAAAAGAAAAUGGUUGUGGACAAAGACGAUAGAAGUUUUUUGAGAAAGUAUUGGGUACCAUUGUCAUCAUUCCUGGUUUUUAUAGUAGCGGCUAUUUAUUACAUAUUGUAUAUUUAGUUUAGAUAAAAAGACUUGUCAAUUAUUCCAACGUAAAUACUAUUAAGUAGAUAAUUAAGGUAAGAAUGAAAGUUAGGCAUCGCUAGAAGUUUGCUCACCAAAUUUUAUAAUUACGGUAACUUAGUUAGUUGUAGAAAGGUGGAAUUUUUAUUUAAAGUUAUGGUAUAAUUAUUAAAAUUGAUUGGUCUUUAUGGGAUAUGAGUAUAAUAAGGCUAGGGACACUCCGGAUUACCUUGUGGUAUUCGCCCAUACACAUUCAACAACAGGGUUUAGAAGUGUGUUGCCUGCCUUUUGUAUAUGGUGAGAUUUUAUCCAUUGAUCUUAUAUUCUGUUGGUAUAGGCAGAUUUGCAUCUAAUAAGAUGUUUAUUAUUGCCUGACAUUCAAGUUACUGUAUCUCAUUUAAAGUUUUGUAAUUUGAUUUGUAAUUUAAUUGUAUUUUGCACUCAACUUGUGAACUCACUACUAUUUUUAUUUUUAAAUAAAAGACUACUUAUUACAUUGUUAUGUUAUG